UAUUGCACAACAUCUAAAUGAAUCCGGUCCAGCUUAUAUAAAGAGAGGUUCAAUGGUCUAGUUAUUCACACAGACUGUAGAUCCCUCUCUGCUCUGUGUGAGAACCUGUCUUCAGUCUGAAUCAUUGGAAAGAAUGAAGUGCGCUGUGCUCUUUCUUGUGUUGUCCAUGGUUGUCCUCAUGCCUGAACCUGGAGAGUGCUUUCUGCAUCACAUCAUGAACGGAGCCUUCCAUGGGGUGGGCCACUUAUUCCAUGGGUUAAUCCACGGUGGCGACGUUGAGCAGCAGCAGCUGGAGCAGCUGGACAAACGUGAGAUUGAGCACAGACCUGGACGGCUCGGUUUUCAGUAGACGGAGGGCCACCCUGAAGCCAUGUUCUGAUUUUUAAAAGUUGCUUCUUGCUUUCAUAGUAAAAAUAGACGAAUGCCUUUUAACUACUUUCAGUAAUUACGUGCUUUGACUUCCUUUGUUGGACUUUGCAUGAAUUCAAAACGAAUGGCUGUUGCUCUGAAUAAAUUUGCAUCAUAAAACUAAA